AUGGAGUUGCUUAUGACCCGGGCGACGGGGCGUGCGUAUGCAACUGAUGCCGCUCGCUUCGACGAGGAAGCGCGCGCCGAACCUGAUGUGAAUGAGGAGCUUCGAACUAAGGCAGAAGCUCAGAAGGCGAUCGCCGGAGUUUAUCAGAAAGAGAAUGGUCGCCUCGCCGAUGACCUGAAAAGCGCGCUGGUGCUUAUAACGCACCUUGCUAAGAAGACUACGCAAGUGGACCAGUCGACUCUCGUCUGGAAGUUUACGUCGUGUGCAGGGCAUGCAGGCUACACCCCCGAAUCGGCCGAAGGGAUGCAGGUGGCAGCGAUUGCCAAGUCGCAGGGCAAGCUGAAGGAUGCUAUGGAACGUUUUAACGAUCGCAUCGGGAAGAUCUACCGCCUCUGCCGCGUUUACGCCUUGAGCCGAGAUCCGUGUGUCUUCAUGAGGGAGAAGCGAACCCUGAAGGGCGAGCUAACUUUCUCCGAGAUUGAUGACUUCGCGAAGGUGUGCGCGGACUUCGUGAAGAACCAAUCCGACAUGAUGAUGGGAAUUUAUUGGCAUUUGUGGGAGGGAUCACCCUUUUCUAGCCCAGCGUUUGUUAAGUGUGCGUCCCUUUGGGACCCGGAAUUCGAUGGCGCCCUUCCCAUUGCGUUGUUUCCUGAUCAGCUGCUGGUUAUCCUUGCAGCGGUAAGUCAAGUGCGUUUCAAGCUUCGUUAUCCCCAUGGCAAGGCCCAGUUUAAGCGAUCAGGGGACCCGUCAGCCUUCUCCAGGCAGGCACGGGUGGUGCAGAGGUGGAUCAACGAGGGGCCCGUUGAACGGGAUGGCGACUGUGUCGGCAUUGGCAGCAUCUGCAUCGUUGGAUGGAAGGAGAUCCCUGAAGCUGAGCUGGAAGCAGAUGAGCUCGGGGAUUUGACCCGAGAUGACCUCACCUCCAGGGCUGCUUAUCGCAGGCUUCACAACGCAAACGAGCCGCAGGUGGAGCUGUUCUAG